CAAACCCAACUUUAGUCACAAACUUUGGCGGAUUUUCAGAGCUCAGAAAGGACGAAGGAAAAGGUCAGAAAACAUCAUCAUCAACUUGAUAAAUGAGGCGCAGUGGGACAGAGCACAACAACAAAGGUGAGAACCAAACAAGCUUGAAUCUGACACCUUUAUUCAUUAAAACUAAUUCAUUAGGGCCCCAUCGGUUAACGGACAUGCAUCCAAACGCAAGCUGGUGCACGUCUCCACCAUCCCUGGCGUCGCUGAUGAUGUCCGGACAGGAAAAAUCACCGUCCCAGAGAGACCAUUAACGCAGCGUUAAUGACCGCCCGUCAGGAGCGUCCUCACUCUGAUUUAUUUCCACUUUAGGAAAAAACAAGACAAAAAACCUCCCUGAUCGGACAACAGAUGACUGGAGGAGUAAAGAAAGAAGCUAUUUAAAUCUGAAUCUUGCAGAUCUGUUCAUACAGAAGAUGGCUGUUGUCUAGGUGACACAAAUGAUGCUCCAACAAUCCUAAACGACACAUUAUGAACCGGUGAGUAACCAUACAGCUGUAAUGCCUCAUAUUAUUAAACAUGAUUACACUUGAAUGUAAUGACAAGAGUUUUACAAGGAUACAAACCAGAAAAAGCUGAGAUUCCAGUUAUUUAAUUGGCCACUAUUGCAUUUUAGGUUUGUUUUCUUGGUGUUUUCAUGUUUUAUCUUUUCUUUGGUCCAAUUUAUCUGAUUUGUUUUCCCCUUCAAGUCCUCCAAACCUUUCAGUUCUUCUGAGUCUAUUGGUUCCUCAAGUUGAGAAGUUAAGUUCAAGGUGAGGAGUUUUUAAAUUACAACUGACUGAAUUUUUAAAAGCAAAUUCACUUUAACUUCAGUCUUAUUUUUAAUGUAUGUUUUGUUUUAUAUGAUUGAUGUUUGUUCCCUUUUUGUUUUUCUCAUUUAUUUAAUCGUUUUUAUCUUUUUAUUCCUACUUGAUAUUUUAAAUUCCACCAUCUUUAUUCCACCAUAAAGAUAAGAGAAGUUAAGUUCCCUUAUCUUUGACGAUAAAUUUUAUAUAUACAUUUAGAAUGUUUAUCUGAUGCUUCCACAUUAAAUUUCAGUUCUGCAUUUUAUGUAACUUUUUUAAAAAUAGUUUUCAAAUAAUUAAUAUUGUUACAAUGACUGAGAUGAGAAGGAAAUAAUGUUUUUGAUAGAAACGGUUUUAAAUGUAUCGGAAAAUUAAUUGCAAGAUUGCAAUUAAUUGCAAGAUUAUUCCAAUUUUUGGAUCCAACCAAAUGUCCCCUAGUGUUAGUACAGCAUAUGAAAUUGUCUGAUUUACGUCAAACUCAAAAAGUAAAAAGUGAAAAGAAUUUUGUUUUACAAUACUUUGCAAAAGUAUUUCCACAUUUUUGUCAUGUUACUACCACAAACUUUUCUGUAUUUUAAUCAGGAUUUUUUGAGAGACCAUCACAAAGUAGUAAAUAACCGUGAAGCAAAAGAAAAAUGCUAAAAUAUUUGAACACUUUUUGCAUAUAAAAUCUGAAAAAUGUGGCAUACAUUUGUAUUUCGUUACUUUAACUUUUAAACCCCAAAGUAGUUCCAGAGCAACAAAUCAAUGUCAGAGGUCAUAAAUCAUCAGUAGGUUUUCUAGUUUGAUAUUAAACACCCAAACCCAGUAGAUAGACUGGUUAAGUUCUGGGAUGGUUUUCUUCAGCUGAGGCAGAAAAGCUGGAUGAUGGGAGGUGGAUGGAGCUACAGGAAAUUAAGAAUAGUUUUGCAAAUUUGAUCUCCAUCCAACCUGAUUAAAGUUCAACUGUUGUAUAAAAAAAAUAUGGACAAAAACUUCAGUGUCUUACUGUAAAAAGCUGGUGAAAGCGUUAGCGUAGGCUAAAUGCCUUACAGCUGCAACUGAAACGAAAUGUGAUACUACAAAGUAUCGACUCAGAGAAUGAAUAAAAAUAGACACCAUAUUUUGCAGAUUAGUUGUAAAAACAAUCAGGUAUUCUUUCCUUCUGCUUCACACUCAUGGCCUUCUAAUCUUUGUUAUGACAAUACUUUUAUAAGACACAGCUUAUUUGUUAAUUUCAAAAAUAAAAUCUGACUUUGAUUGACUGGUCUAAUUUGUCUUUUUAGGAGAAUGAUGGAGAACCCGACAGCUCCUUUGUUCCUCCACAAUCUCAAACAAAGCACCAACUCAUCUCAUGGAGAUCCACCAAACGUCUCAUUGUUUUCCGUUUCCCCGUCUCCAUCCCGUCCACCUGCUGAUGUUGUCAUUUCCCCCAAUGUGCCGUACAUGACGGCUGAGCUCAUCAUCGCCCUUUUGUCUACUCUUGGUAAUUUGCUGGUCUGCGCCGCAGUGGGUCUCAACCGCAGGUUACGCACCGUCACCAACUACUUCCUAGUGUCGCUCGCAGUCGCAGACAUCUGUGUGGGCAUCAUCGCCAUCCCCUGUGCCAUCCUGACAGACACCGGCUUACCACGUUACAACCUCUAUCUGUGCCUCCUCAUGCUCAGUGUUUUGAUCAUGUUCACGCAGAGCUCCAUCUUCAGCCUCCUGGCAGUGGCUGUGGAGCGCUACGUCGCCAUCUUCAUGCCCUUCCGCUACCGUGUCCUGAUGACGCCUCGCAACGCCAUCCUGGUGAUUCUCGCCACAUGGUUGCUGGCCUUCCUCAUCGGGCUUGUGCCUCUCAUGGGCUGGCACAAGACGCCGCCCGAUUCCGGCCACUGCUUCUUUGUGCUGGUGGUGGACAUGACCUAUAUGGUCUAUUUCAACUUCUUCGCCUGCGUGCUGGCGCCCCUCGUCAUCAUGUUCCUCAUCUACGCUCAGAUCUUCGUCACGGUCAAACAGCAAGUGCGACGGAUCGGACCGGAGCAGCGGAGCCGUGCUGAGGGCCAGAGCCGAGCGGCGGCCAGCAUGCGGCGGGAGAUGAAGAUGGCCACGUCUCUCUUCCUGGUUCUUUUUCUCUUCACCGUCUGCUGGAUCCCUCUUCACAUCAUCAACUGCUUCCUGCUGCUCUGUCCGCGCUGCCCCGUGCCGUUCGAACUGCUGCUCGCCGCCAUCAUCCUGUCGCACGCCAACUCUGCCGUCAACCCGUUCCUGUACGCGUACACCAUGACGGCUUUCAGAGACACUUUCAAGGCUAUUUUCUUGUGCUGCAGGACGUUGCGAGACCGAGAGGAGUCGAACCAGCACAACAGAGGAGAAGAAAGAAACACCAGGUCGAACCAGUGAUCCACAACAACACUGUAAAUAUUACUGUCCAUUUUUCCAAGUAAAAAUUCCAAAUAGUAAAGAAUUUUCUCCUGGUCCUGGGAGGAGAAAUCUGCCCUAAAGUUUAGAUCAGAACCAAAAAAUAAAAAAUCAAACCUGACCGAGUCCAAUGCUUAUGGACUCCGUCCGGUUUGAUUUUUUUUUUUU